UAGGGAGCCAGAGAAGGGAGAGCAAGGCCCCCCAGCUGGGUGCCUGCUGGCCCAGGAUGUCUGCAGAGCCAGUGCCAGGGGCUGAGGCUGCCAGGAGAGGCCUGAAGAAGCCACGUCCCUUCAGCAUCGAGCACAUCCUCUCUAGCCCCUCGGAGAAGAGCCCCCAGGUCUUGGUGCCCCUGUGCCUGCAGAGCAUCCUGGACUGCACACCCCAGAGGCCCUGCGAGCUGGAGACCAUCCCAGCCAGCUCCCUGCAGGAGGAGGAGGAGGAGGAGGAAGAGGAGGAAGAGCUGGAAGGCGCAGGCUGCGGCUGCUGCUGCUGUUCUCACACAAGUGCCCGUUCCCUGCAGGAGCUGCCGGCGUGGCUGGAUGCGCGGCUGCCCUGGCCCAUGCGGCUCCUGCAGCCGGCGCUCAGGGCGUGCAGGAGCUCCCAGGAGAAGGCAGAGCUGCAGGGCCUGCAGCAGCAGCUGCAGCGCCGCACGCGCCGGCACCGCACCAUCUUCAGCGAGGAGCAGCUGCAGGCGCUGGAGACGCUGUUCCACCAGAACCAGUACCCGGACGUGGUGACCCGCGAGCACCUGGCAAACCGCAUCCACCUCAAGGAGGAGCGCGUGGAGGUUUGGUUUAAAAAUCGUCGGGCGAAGUGGCGACACCAGAAGAGGGCGACUGCCUCGGUGGUGACCCUGCAGGCCAAGCAGCCCCCCAAGGAGGGCUGUUAG